AUGUCCACCCAAUCCGUCCACUCGCAAGGCAUCUAUCACGGCCUGCCCGUCUACCCCUCCAACCUCAACGGCCUGACAGCAAUCAUUACCGGCGCCAAUGGCAUCAGCGGCUAUUACAUGUACAGAGUGCUGUCGCAGAGCCCUCAACUCUGGAAGAAGAUAUACUGUCUUUCGCGUCGACCGCCCUUAAUCCCGGGUGGAUUGCCAGACCACGUCGAGCACAUCCCCCUCGACUUCCUCAAAGACCCGCAGGAGAUAGCAGCCGAGCUCAAGAAACGCAACGUAACAGCCGUCGACCAUGUCUUCUUCUUCUCAUACAUCCAAGUCCAGCCGAAACCUGGCCAAGGCCUCUGGUCAGACGCAGAGGAGAUGUGCCGAGUGAACUCCGCGCUACUGGAGAACUUCCUCAACUCGUUGAAACUGGCAUCCAUCCAGCCGAAGAGAGUGCUACUGCAAACCGGCGCGAAGAACUACGGAGGCCACCUGGGUCCGACGAAGCUACCGCAGGAAGAAUCGGACCCGCGUGUCACGCUCGAGCCAAACUUCUACUACCCGCAGGAAGAUGUGCUCUGGAAGUACUGCGCGGAGACAGGCUGUGGAUGGAAUGUUUGCAUGCCUGGGCCGAUUCUCGGCGCCGUGCCUGAUGCGGCGAUGAAUGCUGCUUUCCCGCUGGCGGUCUAUGCUGCGGUGUGCAAGAAGCUGAAUCGCACUUUGGAAUUCCCAGGCGAUAUUGUGUCGUGGCAGGCGCUUCAGUCUACUUCAAGCUCGAUGAUGAAUGCGUUCAUGGAGGAGUGGGCUGUUUUGCUUGGCCCGCCGAACGAAAAGUACAACACAUGUGACAACAGCGCUUUCACUUGGGAGAGAUUCUGGCCGCUGAUCGCGGGAUGGUAUGGUCUGGAGUGGAGCGGUCCGCAGCCCGACGACGCUUGUACGGCUACCGAAACCCGCUUCAACCCGCGAGGCUAUGGAUCAAAGGGCGUGACGAGACGCAAGUUUAAGAUGACCGAGUGGGCCAAGGGGAAAGAAGUGCAGGAGGCGUGGGCUGCGAUCGCCGAGGAAAACGGCCUCGGUCAAAAGGAGCUGGUUGAUGUCGACCGAGUGUUUGGUUUCCUCGACGGGACCUUGUGCCGCUCUAGUGCGCUCAUUUUAAGCAUGGAUAAGAGCCGUAAGCUUGGCUGGCAUGGAUUCGUCGACUCAUGCGAAUCGCUGCUGGAAGUCUUCGAUGACCUGGCCAGUCUCAAAAUGAUCCCGCCCGUGCCGAAAGUCGAAGUGAAAUUUAUUUAGCAAUACCGGGGUCUGGUCCAGUGAUGGACAAGAUUUUCAGCGGCACCGCAGUCGCAUAGAACAAGGCAAUUUGUUCUCUCAUCGGUUUCGCUUCAAAGUCGAUCUCGUGGACGUUGAAUUUACUCCGCACUAGGCUUCCGUAUUAGCAAAUCGCAUGACGGCCAGCAAUAGGAGACAAUCUUACCACAAG